AUGAGGUCAACCUGCGUCAUCGCCGCCGCCGCGGCCCUCUCUUGCGCGGAUGCGUUCUGCUUCUCCCCGGCGCGCAUGUCGGGCGACGUGCUGGCACCGUUCCAAGCCGGCAAGGCCCUCAAGGUGAUUUCCGGGCUGAACAAGUUCGAUGCCGACCUCGUGUCCAAGGUUGCCCGGGCGGCCGCCGCCGGCGGGGGCACCCACAUCGACAUCGCGUGCGACCCGGACCUCGUGCGUGCGGCCAAGGCUGUGUCCAACGUGCCGGUAUGCGUGUCUGCGGUUGACCCCGAGUUGUUCCCCGCGUGCGUCGACGCCGGCGCGGAGAUGGUGGAGCUCGGAAACUUCGACUGCUUCUACGAUCAGGGACUCACCUUUUCGGCGGAGGACGUGCUCGAGAUGACCCGCAAGACAAGGGCGCUGCUUCCGACCACCCCUCUCUCGGUCACCGUGCCGCACACCCUCGAUCUCGAUGACCAGGUGGACUUGGCGGUGGAGCUGGAGGGUCUCGGUGUAGACGUCAUCCAGACAGAGGGAAAGUUCAGCCUCGACCCAUCCAAGGGUGGGAUCCAGGGAGCGAUCGAGCGCGCCGCCCCUACUCUGGCAGCCGCCCACGCCAUCUCCAAGGCCGUGUCCAUCCCGGUCAUGGCCGCCUCCGGCCUCAGUGACGUCACCGCGCCCAUGGCAUUGGCAGCAGGGGCUCGUGGAGUUGGCGUUGGGUCCGCGGUCAACAAGCUCAACAGCGAGAUCGGAAUGGUGGCUGUGGUACGGGCAAUCGCGUCUGCCAUGGGGCUGCCCAAGCCGUCGGCGGUAGAAGCGCCGGUUUCUGCGGGAAAGGCCACGGCCUAGACUCACCCUUUAGUCGUCAAUAGCUUACAAAUUUCGUAGUGUCUUUCACGUGACAUGACAUGGCAGCUGAGAAGCAUGCCCUAGUAAUGGGGGUGCGGCUACGGGCUAUAAGACGGUCAAAUUUUGCCACUGCCUCGGAGUGUCGCCGCUAUUUCUCCACGAUAUUGAGGAAUCAGGGCGGGGGGGGGAUGGCACAUGGAUGCCCCCCGCCAAUCGCGCAUGUAUAGUUGGUUGGCGCGUGGGAAUUCUGUGCGGUUGCUUUAAUUUUGUAGAUGGGUUAUUCGUGGUGAUUUGAUUUAGGUAGGAUUGACGGCAAGAACUUCUUUUGCGGUGUUUUCGGUGACCGGGGGGGGGGGCGGUGAUGGUGUCAAUUGCUGCUGUUGUUUUCUUGCGGAGCCUUGUGCAUUUACUCGAUGGUAUUGAAGCCAAGGGAGCCAUUGGCAUGUGUCUGUUGUUGUCACCACCGCAUGAUCUGGAAACGAAGGACGGACAAAGAUCAAAAUUGAUUGGUUUAAUAGGUAGAUCUGUUACCUAUAGACUAGGUCAGAUCUACGGAGUCAGAGCGCCAUAAAAGACGUAUGCAUGUAUCUAGAUACCAACACUUUCUGUUGUCCGUUUACAUGUUUUAGCUGAGAGGGGCAGCGUAUGCCGAAUAACUACAUGCCUAACCGGCAUAGAGUUAGCAACUGC